AUGCCCUUUUGGCGCCAGAAGCCCCAGUGGCCCCCUUUGCCGUCUGUAGAAGACGAAGUUGCAUCCCUUUCCCGUGAAUGGCAAGGACUGUCGAACCUUGGAGAAAACCCCGGAGUCGAAGGAGUGUGUGCCAGAGGAACCGUUGAUCAGUAUCCCGUGAUCAUGGACGUGUUUUGUUACUCAGAAGAGACCUUGGUUGUGGAGGAAUUCUCCCGGGAACCCAGUUCUUCUUCGGAUGACAGCGCCGGGCCGCCAACGCCGCCCACGGAUUUCCCUCAGUUUUCAAUUCCUCAGCACCUCGCCAGCAAACUCGACUUGAAUAACUUCCCUUUUGGUCCGUCCCCCUUUUCCCUGCCACCAACAUCUCAGAAGGCCCUUCCUCCAGGCCCUUCACCCCAGAGAACCACGUCGCACCCAGGACAUAUCCCCCAAAGCACCACCAGCGCAGGAUCGAGGUCUUCUUCUCGCCAACGCGAUCCCAGUUCCAGGAGCACUCGAACCCGGAAGGAAGCCAUCCCGGCAGGGCCCAAGGAAUCUCCUCCAGCACUCCGGAAGGGUCUGUCCCGGGUCCACACCCAUAAUGGACAGCAGUCGGAACCCGCCUCAUCGUCCGUUCCUCGACGAUCAGAGAGUGUUAAAUCCGCACGGCCCUUGAGACGCUCAGCAACAGAUACACAGCGGCCCGGCUCUUCCUCGGGUUACUUGUCUGACUCGAAUGCAGCCAAGUCCAAAACCAAGACCAGGCGCGAUCGUCCAGAACCCCUACGGGCCUCAACGAAUCUGAAGACUGUUGCGGACGUUCCCAACACGCCCACCCUGGCCGAGAGAUUGGAGGAAAAGCUGCGGCAGCGACAGGAACAACGUGACUCCAAGGGCACGGCACACAGCGAUGUGCAAAAGCCAUCCGUUCCUUUGUCGGCCGCCAAACCUCCGAAGCCUUUCGAGCGCAAAAUUGAGCUUCCUGUGCAGAGGCCCCCGUCGCGGCCUAAGACGGCGUCGCCGAAGCCUGAUCGCCCACGAAGUGCCGAGCAGGAUCCCUUCUCAGCCUCGUUUGCUACUGUGACGCCAGCAGAUCAGGUGCCAUCCAGCCGUAUGACCACCAGGCGCACAGUAUCCUUCUUUGAAGAUGCACUUAAGCCGCCUUCGUGCCACCGGAAAGCUGAACCGGACAUUGUCCAGCAACUACAAUCAUCUCGCAGCAACUCUCCCCAAGGUUCCGUUCGCCCACCCUCUCCCAGCAAGGAUGGAUCCUGCCUGCUGCCCUGCCCUCGAUCCGUUCCGGUGGCCGGUUAUCAAGACUGGUUCACGAUCCGAGGGAUGACUCAUCUGAAUAUUUGCCCUUCAUGCAUGAAGCAGAUGCGCAAGUCCAAAUUCCGGGACGCCUUCAUUCUAGGAACCCCUCGGUCCCGUGGCGACAUGAUCCGCUGCUCGAUGAGCGAGCCGUGGACCCGGCUGGCCUGGAUGCAAACCGUCAAGAAACAACUGGACCACCUUGACCUCCUCCAACAGAUCACGCGGACCCGAUCAUCAGGCAGCAAGCCAUGUCCUGGCCGCAUCGUCAGUGAACAGCACUGGUACCGCGUCGUCGACCCGGACACAGGUCUAUUCCUCCCCAAAUUCAACGUCUGUUCCGCGUGUGUCAAGAACCUACGAACCUUGAUGCCUCCCCACCGGAACACCUUCAAACGAAGCACGGCCCUGCAAGCCCGCGUCUGCGACUUCGUGACCGACAGCCCCCGCUUCGUCCGAUACAUCGACUACCUCGACAUUGCCGCCAACCGGUCCGAAAUGGAAUGGACCUCCCAGCCCGACCUCGGCGACUUCAUGGCCUACGCCCGCCGCAAGGUCGUGCUCCGCGACUGCCGUCGCGACCGCCUGGUCCUCAACACCUGGCACUACAUCCCGCAGCUCCCCGAGCUGACCGUGUGCGAGGACUGCUACGACGAUGUUGUCUGGCCCCUCGUCAAAGCCAACCACCCGAUUGCGCGCAAAUUCUCAACCCUCAUGCGCCUGCCCCCGGGUGAGGGGCCCUCCCGAUGCCGCGAAGCAAGCUGCCAACUGUACUCGCCGCGCAUGCGCACCAAGUUCCGGGACGCGGUGCAGCGCGACGACCUGAUGUAUCUGAAGCUGGCUGCGUUGCGGCGAUUUGACGCGGAACAACGAUUCCGGGAACGACAAGAAGAACUAUUGGAUGAUGAAGCGCGUGGAUAUGAAUGUGAGACGGAGCUGAGGAAGAAUCUCGAAGAAUGGAAAGCCUGGGAGUAG